GUCAGCUGCAGCUUCGAAAGCUCGGCUGACGAUGGCGACACUUGUGACAAUUUUUCGGCCGAGUGGGGCUUGACUGUUGCACAAUUUGAAUCGCUAAAUUCCGGCGUUGACUGUCCCACACUCGUUGGUGGCCAGAGUUAUUGUGUUAUCGGCACGGUCGAGACAGGCACUCCCACAGGGCCAACCACAACCUCGACGACCACCACCCCGACGAAGACGACGCCGAAGAUGACGACCACGACUACGGCCGCACAGCAUCAACCUCAGCAGUCCGGACUAGCAGCCAACUGCAACAACUUCUACCUCGUCCAGGGGGGUGAUUCUUGUGAUGCCAUCGAUAUGAAGUACGGCAUCAGCUUUGCGCAAUUUGAAAGCUGGAACCCGUUUAUAAACUCCGAUUGUGCGAACCUUCUGGCAGGCUACUACGUCUGUGUCGGCGUCCCUGGUGCAACCACCACGCCUCCCACGAAGACCACGACCAAGCCUGGUAACGGCAUCUCGACGCCAACUCCCACCCAAGAUGGCAUGGUGAGCAACUGCAACAAGUUCGAUGAGGUCAAGUCCGGGGACACUUGUGCCAACAUUGCCACGGCGAACAACAUUCCUCUUGCGAAGUUUUAUUCUUGGAAUCCUGCGGUGGGCUCUGAUUGCCAUGCGCUAUGGGCCGGCUACUACGUCUGCGUCGACACCACCGACUAUACCCCAACCAAGACCACACCUGGCAACGGUAUCACCACGCCAACUCCUUAUGAGCAGGGCAUGGUGAACAACUGCGACAAGUUCUACAAGGUCAAGUCUGGUGAUACCUGCGAUGCGAUUGCCAAGAGCCAGGGCACCACCACCAAGAACAUUGAGAAAUGGAAUCCGAAUGUGGGCUCCGACUGCUCGAAGCUGUACUUGGGCUAUUACAUCUGUACUGGUGUC